AAAUUCAAGAAGUCAGAAAGGAAGACUGGAAGUGGCCUUGCUAUGAAGAAUGGUACAAUCUACAAACCGGGAAGCAUGUACGCGAGAGAAAAAAUGUAAAGAACAAACCUGAAGGCAUUCCUUAUAAGGUUGUUUACAAGUAUAUCACAAUGGAUUAUUGUAAAACAAUUGUCGAGUUGAGUUCCAAACCAUUGAUCGAUAUUCUACGAGUCAUUCUUCCUAAAAACAGUUACAUUUUCAACGACGUGCCCAAAGUCGAAGCUCGGGAUUUGUAUCACAUUAUGAAUAUUCUACCCAAUAUAGCAUCACUCCUUAAACUUCCGAAGUUUGAAUUUGAAACCGAGUCUGAAACUGAGAAGGAAGCUGAUCAAGCAUCUGACACGAUGACUAAAAUCCACUUGAAUCAUUUGAUCCGAUUCCUUGAACAGGAAUUUGAACAGACAAACAAAUCUCGUGAUAGAAUGCUAGCACGAAAAAUGGUUUCAUUUGAUAUGUUGUGGUCGAUAUGCGUUGUCAGGUCAGCAAGUCAGUGGUAUAAUUUCUUCGACAAAGAAUAUUUUGAUAGAAUGAGUAAUCUAAUAUUUGAAAUAAAAAUUGAUGUGAUCAACUGUGAUAGAUUCGGAUUUAAGCGUUGUCAUGAAUCGCGUAUGAUUGGUAAUUUCAAAGGUGAAAUCAGCUUUUCUGACUUGCCCGUUAUUCCGCUCAGAUUUUCUGAAUCUCACGGCUUUCUAGAAGAAACUAUUACCAGAAAUGGGGAAGAGUUUUUCAGACUUGCUUCGAAAAACCACUUUAUGAGCUAUGAGGACCCUUUAUUGCGUUGGAAAAUGGUAGAUAAAUGCUUGCAGGUGGAAAAGCUAAAGGCCGAUGGACGUGUCAUGAUUGAUCUCCAAAGUUUUGAAACCAUGAACCUCAAUUUUGAUAUGGGCAAUGCUGAGUCCCCUAACGAAUGCGACUAUGAGUUACUCUGUAAAAAGGGAAUGGACUUAUUCGAGGUUUUGAAAUUUUCGAAUAUUCGUUUUGAUUCCAAUGCCUUCAAUGAACUUAUGAUGGACCAACAUAAAAAAAACAUGCUUGAGGGAUUAGUGAAAUAUUAUAGCAAAGGCUGUAUUAUUCUAUGUUAUGGGCUGCUCGGAACUGGAAAAACAUUGACAGCUGAAAGCGUUGCCGAAUCUCUCAAUCGGCCAUUAUGGAUUAUUAGCGUACACGAACUUGGGAUGGAACCUGCCCACCUUGAAAAACAAUUAAUCAAGGUUUUAGAUAUAGCUUUUAUAUGGAAAACUGUUCUCCUACUUGAUGAAGCUGACAUUUAUCUUGAAAGACGCACUAAAUCAGAACUACAGCGCAACGCAAUGGUUGGAAUAUUUUUACGUAAGCUAGAAUACUAUCAAGGCAUCCUCUUCUUAACUACAAAUAGGGCCAUAUCUUUAGAUGAUGCAAUUUGUUCGCGAAUUAGCAUGUUUUUCCAUUACGACAAACUCAGUUUAAAAGAAAGACAUCAAGUCUGGGCAAAUUUCAUCAUACGUGUUAAUCUGAAUCUCAAAGCAGAUGAUUUUGUUGAAUAUUAA